AUGCCGCCCCUAAAGAGCUCAGCCCGGUGUCCCACAGAUCCAUGCUCAUCAAUAUCCAUUUUACGUCUAACGGCGUACUCGACAUAUCGUCGCUUUCCCCAUCUUCACUAUGCUUGCGCUGCGUGGCUUGCAGUCUGUCUCUGCUUGGUGUCGAAACAGAUGGGACCGUCGUCUCGAGGACAAGUGACCACUGGUGUGACGAAUAGAACAGAGGAUUCUAGUACAGUGAGCGACAACAAUACUACAAUGUCAACAAAUCACGCGACUAAAAUAAUGGGUACCGCAACCGACAAUGCAGGUAAUACCACAACUAAGAUAGCCACAAUGAAAGGAAGUGACGAAGUGCCUCCCGUUCCCAUAAAUACUACGGAAGGCAGAGGUAAUUUCAAUAACGUGCUCAUGGUAGAAGAAGUCGACACAAAUAUCACGACUGCUCCGACCGCUACCGAAACUUUAGGUUCGAACACGGAUGGAUCUACCAGCAGAUCUACAUCUGGAUUCAUUUCGCCGAUUAGUUCUGAAUCAAUAUCGAAAGAAGACGAUGCUGCAGAAUCCAUAGCUCCAACACCGUCAGCAGAAGAUCAAAAUUCUUUUCAAAUGCUUACCGUUUCUAACAGCAAAGUCGACUUCAAUACUACAGCCAACAAAGAAGCUAAUACUGCUAUCAGCGCAGUGACGCAAUCUGUGUAUGACGCUGCAGUCAUGGAUACGUCAUCGUCAUUCACAGUGGCGUUAGAUGAUGACGAAUCUGAUACAAGUAGAGCACCUUCAAUGUUGACUAAAACAUCUGAGAAAUCGACCAUUUCUGGUUCGGAAGCUGUUGCAGCGUCGUUCGUCCUACCCAACUCGUCAUCGUCUUCGUCAUUUUUGACAAGUUGGUUUCAUAGCAACUUUCGCAAUAACGAAACACAACUUUUUGUCAGCAAUAGGGAUGCAACAACCUUGACGAAUGCAUCCCCUCACUUAUGCGCUGGUUUACCUGCAUUAGUGACUCGUUCUGAUUCAGAGACGCCGAAUGGUGGUUGUCCCGACGAACUCACGGUUCUCAAUGCGUCUUGCACAUGUAUUACGGGUUAUGACUACACAGCUUCUGUGUGGACUUUUCACAUAACGAAAGAAUUGUGGAACUCGACUACUUCUGCACCAGUACGCUCUCUGAUCCAGUCAUCUUUCGAUAAAUUGGCCAUUGACACUAUUCGUCCAAUUUGGGUCCCCUCAAGCGUGCAAACGCUGACAAUUAAGGGGGCUGAUAGAAUUCCAUCCAAAAUUUUGUUUGUCAACGAUAUUCGUUACGUUUCAGGAUCUUCGCUUGCUCUAGUGAAGUCGGUCAAGAGCUCGAUUAAUGUCUCGACGCUUUCGAUCCACAACGUAGAUCUCAACCUUAUAGCAAUGAAGAGAUCAGACUUUAUUCCCGCAUCUGUGAUUAAUUUAACAUUGCAUAAUUGCAAUAUAUCGAAUCUUGGAGCUUCAUUCACGCGCAAUUGGAGUCGACUUCAGUUUCUUGACCUAUCUUUGAACAACAUUGACACUGAAUUCAUCGGUGGUCCGUAUCUCAGAGAACUCAAUCUUUCGUACAAUGCGCUUUCGAUGCUCCCUAUCGGAUCUUUGAACACGAGUAAACUGGAAGCACUUCACAUCCAAGGCAACGACAUUAAAGAUUUCAACGUAAGUCUGGAAGUUUUUGAACAGAUUUUACGAUUAAAGGCUUUCACUGCGGACAAACCCAGUCUUUCUUCUUCUUGCGGGCAAGGUGUAUGGAAAAUUGCACACGGCGCCACUUUUUGCGUCCUCAGUGCGUCUACAGCUGCACUGCCGGACUUGUCACCUUCUUCGGGAUCAAACAGUGAUGAUAACGAUGGAUUUGGUGCACUUAGCUACUGGCUUAUCGUAGGUGCAAUCGCCGUCCUUGUUUUGCUAUUCCUUAUUGUGAGGCAGCAUCGUCGCCGCAACCGAGAGCAUGACAGCCUUCUUGUAUCGCCUGAGGCUAUUGAAGUGGUUACCCCAAAAGCUGGUGGUACUACCGCUUUCAAUGCACUCAAUCGAAAAAACUCUUUCGCAGCUGUCCCCGUUGGUAGGGCUGCAACUCAUUCCGGUUACAGUCAUCCAAAAGGCAGCAGUCCUGACAGUGAAGACUUUACUGCCUUGAAUACAGGUCUCUUAAGCAGCGCAAUCCUUGCUUCGUGCCGUCUAGACUACGAUGAAGUAGCGCUAGGUCGCUGUAUCAGCCGCGGGGGUUUUGGACUUGUUUUCGUAGGCUGUUACCGUGGUCGACAAGUGGCAGUCAAGAAAAUUCGGAAUGAGCGUGAGGUCACGCGUGAUCAGGUCGAGCAAUUUGUAUGUGAAAUCACUCUCAUUGCGGGAUUAAGUCACCCGCGUAUUGUCGAGUUCAUCGGUGCCUGUUGGACGACACCAACUGAGCUCUCAGCCGUGACAGAGUUAAUGGAACGUGGUGAUUUACGCGAUGUCACUCAACGGUUUAAGCGCAGCGGCUACCGUCUCACGUGGGAGUCACACAAAAUGGUUAUUGCAUAUCAUAUCGCUGAGGCAUUGACGUACCUUCACGGAUUAAAUCCUACAGUGAUUCACCGUGAUCUUAAGGCAAAGAAUGUAUUGCUAAAUGCCGACAUGGAGGCUAAACUUAGUGAUUUUGGAAUCGCUCGCGAGCGCAGUUCCUACGAUGGCAGUGAACACAUGACCGUGGGCAUUGGCACGUCGUUCUGGAUCGCUCCUGAGGUGCUGCUUGGUCGCGAUUAUGACGAACGUGCUGAUAUUUACUCGUUUGGUGUCGUGCUUUCCGAGAUUGACACGGAUGACUACCCGUAUUGGAACGCGCAGAAUCCACCACAGGGCAAGGCCCAAGAGAAUGAGAUCCUUCGACUUGUCGCCCGUGGUGUCAAACGCCCCUCCUUUUCUGAAAACUGUCCACGAGAGAUUCAUGAGUUGGCAACGCGUUGUCUUCGUGCUGACCCUGCUGAACGCCCAAGUGCCUUGGACAUUGUCAUUUACCUACAGCAACUGGUGCAAGAGAGUAGAUCGACUGCUUCGUAUUCAUCCACUAUUCAGCCACUUCAGUCAAAUGAAUCUAGCUCGAACCACAGCUCAUUUGUGUCCGAGAACAACUCGAAUUUGCGAGUCUUAUUGGAUCAAUCCACUAAAGGGAAUCAAGCAAGGUCAAAACCGCCGUCGAUAGCUUCAAAUCAGGUGUGUGGGCAAAAGACGACUGCCUCAAUAUCACAUGAAUUUGCUACAACACUCGAAAUGGUUGCAACGUCGCCCCAAGUUACGCAUCAGAUAAUUCGCACGACACGUUUUUCCAAGGUCGAGCACAAAGCGACGAAAAGUGCAGUAACAAGUUGGCGAGCGAGUCAAUGCAGUACGAAUGGGAAUGCGAGCGGUCACUUUGCAACUAGCAUCGCCGUGACUGGAGAAACUAGGAUUCAGAAUGGUGGUUCUACUCUACCUGCGCCAUCAAGUCGAACACAUACUGCGAUUGGACCCACGUCUCCAUCCAGUAUUCAUACGAGGAAUGUUGACCAGCAACUGCUUAGCUCUUCAAGUGGAAAAGAAGCAACAAGGCGGUUGUCUCAAGUCACUGGCGUCGGUCACUUCAAGCAAGAGUGGAUUGUGUACGAGGAUGUGAAGGAACUGUAA